CCAUUAAUCACAAAAUGAUAACCUCUACUGACUUCUACCAUGUCAUGACCGCCAUCGUCCCUCUCUACGUCGCCAUGCUCCUCGCCUACUGCUCCGUCAAACACUGGCGCAUCUUCACCCCUGACCAAUGCGCCGGCAUCAACCGCUUCGUCGCUCUCUUCGCCGUGCCUCUCCUCUCCUUCCACUUCAUCUCUUCCAACAAUCCUUUUGCAAUGAACCUCCGUUUCCUCGCCGCCGACUCCCUCCAAAAAUUGCUGGUUCUUGCUUCACUCGCCGUCUGGCCCGCCAUCUCCCGCCGCUCCUCCUCCAUCGAAUGGUCCAUCACCUUCUUUUCCCUCUCCACCCUUCCCAACACCCUCGUCAUGGGCAUCCCCCUCCUCAAAGGAAUGUACGGCGACUUCUCCGCGAGCCUCAUGGUUCAAAUCGUCGUCUUGCAGUGUAUAAUUUGGUAUACUUUGAUGCUCUUCAUGUUCGAGUAUCGCGCUGCAAAGUUACUUAUUGCGGAUCAAUUUCCCACCACGGCGGCUUCCAUUGUUUCGAUUACCGUCGAUUCGGAUGUGCUUUCGCUCGACGGUCGCCGAGAGGCGAUUGAGACGGAGGCUGAGGUGAAGGAGGAUGGAAAGAUGCGUGUGACGGUGCGGCGGUCUAAUGCUUCGAGAUCGGAUGUUUAUUCGCGGCGGUCGGGGCAGGGAUUAGCCGGCGCGGCGGCAACGCCGCGGGCGUCGAAUUUGACGAAUGUGGAGAUCUACUCGUUGCAAUCUUCCCGAAAUCCGACGCCUCGUGGUUCGAGUUUUAACAACACGGAUUUCUACUCUAUGGUUGGCCGGAGCUCGAAUUUCGGCUCCGGUGAUGUGUAUGGGCUGCGCGGCGGAGGAAAUACGCCUCGGCCGUCUAAUUUUGAGGAGGAGAGUUUGAGUAAUGUUCCGGCUCCGGGGACGAAGACGAGGUUGCAUUACUCUGCUCCGAAUCUGAGUGUUUUGGGAAGAAAGGCCGUGAAAGCGGAGGAUACCGGCGGAGGUGGUGGCGCGGGAAAAGAUUUACAUAUGUUUGUGUGGAGCUCAACUGCCUCUCCGGUAUCGGAUGUGUUUGGGAAUAAUCAAGAAUAUGGCUUUCCGGCGGCAGGAGAGGCUAACGGGGCUAAAGAAGUUAGAUUGACUGUUUCUCCUACUAAAGGGGAUUGCCGGAAAGAUGAGUUUAUGGAGAGGGGGGACUUUAGCUUCGGGAACAGGGGUGUAAUGAGGGACAGGGAAGGUGUGCCCGAAGCCGGCGACGAAGAGAAGAUGGAGGAGGAAGAUGUGAAAGCAAGUGCGACGGUGGCGGCGGCGGCGGCUAUGCCGCCGACGAGUGUCAUGACAAGGCUGAUACUAAUAAUGGUGUGGAGAAAGCUUAUUCGAAACCCGAACACCUAUUCCAGUCUGAUUGGUCUGAUCUGGUCAUUAAUCUCCUGCAGAUGGAAUAUUGAGAUGCCUGCCAUUGUUUCCAAAUCCAUUUCCAUAUUGUCGGAUGCUGGUCUGGGAAUGGCAAUGUUCAGCCUCGGUCUGUUCAUGGCGUUACAGCCCAGGAUCAUAGCAUGUGGAAACAAGAUGGCAGCUUUCUCCAUGGCCUUGAGAUUCCUCGUAGGCCCGGCCAUUAUGGCUGCCGCCUCCAUCGCCGUCGGCUUACGUGGCGUUCUCUUACAGGUCGCCAUUGUUCAGGCGGCCCUUCCACAAGGGAUCGUCCCCUUCGUCUUCGCCAAGGAGUACGGUGUUCAUCCUUCUAUCCUCAGCACAGGGGUUAUAUUUGGGAUGCUAAUUGCUCUGCCUAUAACGCUGGUAUAUUAUAUCCUGCUGGGGCUGUAGGAAGUAACGGUCGAAAAUUCAUAGAGGUA